GACGUAGUAGUAGUAGUGACACCAACAGCUCAUCUGUGUCGGCUCGGUGUGCAGAAAGAGAGCAGUGUCAGUGGGUUAUACUGAGAGAACCGACAAGUUCAUUAAGAGCAAACUUUCUUUUCGGGGGGGGAGAAGAAAAGAAGAGGCACUCUGAAAUAUUUGUAUUUUAUUUUUCAUCCAUUUUAUCUGUGCGACGGCUCUAACCGUGUUUUAACUCUUCAUGUUCUGCACAAGUAAAGGUUGUGUGAGAGUUUUUCGGGGGGUGUAACGCUAGUCAUCCAGCUAGCUAGCUAGCUAGCUUAGCAGAAGUUUUUGGUGAAAAAUGCCGCCUUUACCAUGCAGUGUGUGUCCUGUCCUGCUACUGUGUCUCUGUACGCCUGUGGCAGCUGGCAUUGGGGAAACUCUGCUCCAGGAAGGCUGGCAGGAUGUGUGGGUUUUCCGUUUUUUCCUCAACAUCCUGGGCUAUAGCACCAUCCUCAUCCCAGGAUAUCUCCUGAUUCGCUACUUCAAGAGGAGUAAUUACCUUGAGACAGGCAGAGGGAUUUGUUAUCCUGCUAUAAAAGCAUGUGUGUUUGGCAGUGACUCUAAACCGACGCUGUUGGACGAUUUGUCUGAGACACCCAGAACCGAGUCCACUUCAUCUACACGGCAAGCCGUCAAACUUAUUUUCUGUGCAGCAGGACUACAGGUCUCGUAUUUGACGUGGGGAGUGCUGCAAGAGCGAGUGAUGACACGUUCUUAUGGAGCCAAUGAAGAUGGGGAAGACGGCGAGCGAUUCACAGACUCUCAGUUCUUGGUGUUUAUGAACCGCAUCCUGGCCCUUACCGUGGCUGGCCUCUGCUGCUUACUCUUUAAACAACCCAGGCACAUGGCACCCAUGUACAAGUACUCAUUUGCCUCCAUUUCCAACAUCCUGAGCAGCUGGUGUCAGUAUGAAGCCCUUAAAUACAUCAGCUUCCCAACACAGGUGCUGGCCAAAGCCUCUAAAGUCAUCCCUGUGAUGCUGAUGGGCAAACUGGUGUCACAAAAGAGUUAUGAAUACUGGGAAUAUUUUACAGCUGUGCUAAUUUCAGUGGGUGUAAGUAUGUUCCUAUUGUCAAGCUCUAGCAGUACCAAACACGCAACCAUCACAACUUUCUCCGGCAUCAUCAUCCUGGCUGGCUACAUCAUGUUCGACAGCUUCACCUCCAACUGGCAGGAUGAGCUUUUCCGCCACAAGAUGUCCUCGGUGCAGAUGAUGUUCGGCGUGAACCUGUUCUCCUGCCUCCUGACGGUGGGCUCGCUGUUGGAGACAGGCGCUCUGUUCGACUCGCUGGCAUUCAUGAGCCGCCAUGGCGAGUUUGCAGCUCACGCCGCUCUGCUCUCGCUCUGCUCCGCUUGUGGCCAGCUCUUUAUUUUCUACACUAUCGCACAGUUCGGUGCUGCCAUCUUCACCAUAAUUAUGACGCUGCGCCAGGCCAUCGCUAUCCUGCUGUCCUGCCUCCUCUAUGGCCAUGCCGUCUCGGCGACGGGAAUCUUUGGGGUGGCCGUGGUGUUCUUUGCACUCUUUCUGCGCGUCUAUGCACGUAGUCGGAUGAAAAAGAGCGGCAACAGAGCAGCACAGGCACCAUUACAGAAGGUCUAGAUGAAGGACAGUGAUAACCACGUUAUUUGUGGUUUUGCUUCCUCUAUUUUCUUGUACGUGUGUGUGUUUCACAAAGCUUUGUUUCUACUCUGUAUAUAAAAAAGGUACCGAAAGAGGAGGCAUUCUUUUUUUUCUUUCUUUUUUUUUUUUUUAAAUUUAUUUUAAUUUUUUUUUUUCUUCUAAAAAAGGGAUUUCAGCAUUUACUGUCUAAAAUAUGGAGGGAUAGUUACAUACUUUGUGUCAUGUGUUGGACAUGUGUGUGUUGUGGGUUCUGUUUUUGCUGAGCCAAUAUUUGGUCCGAACUUGUGUGAUGAGGUUGGAGUUGUUUCCUUGGGUGCGUGUUUUUUUUUUUCCAUUCUUAUUUAUAGUUUGGAUUUUAAUUAUAACCUUAUAGGCCACCAAACUGCCCUGGUCAGUAAUCAUUUUUAACCUCCUAAGAUUUAAGUUUCUUAAAACACAAAAAAAAUGAGUAUUGUUUAAAAAGUUAAAGCGUGGCUAUACCCCAUUCCAUUUCUCUUAGCUAGUGAUGAGUUUGUAAUGAUGAGCUUUGCUUUAAAAGCUAUUUUUAAUAGAAAAACCCACCUGAAUAUGUGACGAUGACAUCCAGUGUUAUGAUGGACUUUUACUUCAUUUGUGUGCUCAAAUUAGAAAAUCCCUCAAUCGUGUUAGCCGUUACAGUGGACGGAUGGAGGGAAGGGAUUUAAUGAAACCUUGUCACCGGCUCCUGCUUUUAAAUCUUGUCUAAAUAUAUUUAAAUCCACCUGUGCUUUUUGUGAGGGUCUGUUUUUUGUAGUAUUUUCUACCCUUAAAUAAGAUCGGAGUAUGUGCUGAGACUUCUUCAGCAGCAGACCGCGAGUGCCUACUGAAUUAUAAACAAGAUUUUUUUUUUUUCUUUUCUUUUUCUGUACUUAAAACUUUUGCAGAUAGUUACAGAAGAUCUGUAACUACAUCCUUGACCAAAACUUGAAAUGAUCUUUGGACAUGUGCUGAUCAUUAAUUAUGCUGUGCUCUACAGCACACACACACACAACUGUUGAUAUUCCAAAUAUCAUUGUCCCAGUAUAACGACCACUGUCCAUGGAGACUUGAAUUGGCCAAAUGUGGAGUUGCAAUCUUCUUGCAUCUUCCUGUAUAAGAUGCUGCUGAGCUUCUUUUAACAUUAACACACUCUGCUCAGUCAGAACAGGUACAGAUAAAUAAUUUAUUGAUAAAUACGAACAUUAUGUACGGCGUGUCUAAUUUAUUUUAUAUUGAUACACUGCUGAUCAUUUUCCUCAUAGAUGAAACGGUCCUACUGGAUGAGGAGAGGAUAUUUCUGAUAAAGCCUCAGAUACAGGUUUGUUCAGAACCAAAAAAAAUAGUAUACACAUUGAGCAUGGCUGAAUAACAAUGCCAAAACGGAGUAGACAGAAAUCUAUGACCAAAGCUCAGACUAUUGUGAUGUUAUUAUGUACUGAUGCUGAUUAUUACUAAGCAUUAGAUAAAGGCUAGCCUGUGGUUGUUGAAAUAUGAAACCUAAAUGUCAGCACAUGGCUAAUAUUCUCUUGUUAGAAACACUGUAUUGUUACUCAAGUGGUCUUUUCAUGUUCUUUUCGAUCACAUCGGUUCAAUGAACAGUCAGAUUAUUCAUUAAUACAGCCAGUCAUUCUACAUGACAUGGUGGUGUGUAUGUUUGCACAUAAUUUGAUUAAAUGAUCUUCUUGUGAAAAAUGUUUUCUCAGAUCAAGUUCUACUGUCCUGUUUGUGCAGAUUGUGCACCAUAUACUUGGAUUUAAUCAUGCAGGCGUUCUUUCAAAUGGGUUUUCCAGCUAACUGCAUUACUAAAUCACAGUUCCACAGUUCAUUUGCCUUUAAGAUGGGAUAGUGAUUCAUUAUCUGACAGUUAAAUUUAAGGGGCUCAAAGUAGCUAGUAGUUUGUGGGCAUUUUACAGUUUACAAGUUCAUAGUAGAACCUUUUUGUCUCAACUACACCCACUCAGAUCUUUGGACCUGUCCCUUCAAAAUGUUACAGAGACCAUUGACUGUAACUGUAUACUAAACUCCCCCUCCACACACACACACACACACACACACACACACACACACACACACACACUCAUUACGAAGCUUAUGACAAAAAAUAUUUAAAGUAAACAUGGCUGCCAUUUCAAGCCAAUUUUUUUUUUAACCUUUUUUGUGUGGUUAGAAAUAGCUAAUCUAUGUGGGGAAACCUACCAGUCUUCCACUGCAGGUUACAAUAAUGAUGCGUAUCUGGGUAGACAAAACCCUGUUGACCACAGAAUCAUAGAUGGAGGUUGCGAAUGUGUAAAAACGUGAUACGUGAUUAACUGUAAAAUGACUACAAUCCCAGCUCACAAAAAAAAAACCCUUGCUAUAUUAGUACUUAGUACUAAGUGAAGUGCAAAUUUGCAGCAACAAAAAAUGUCUAUUUUUCACAUUUUUACUAAUGAUAUUAUGUACAUGUAUUUUCUCAGAUUUUGGGGCAGUAAACAAUCCCUAUAAAAUAUCAGAUCCAAUAAUGUGUAUUUUAUUCUUGAUUUUGUUUUAAAAAGAAAGAAAUCUUGAGUGUAGAACAGGAUUAUUCAAUCCUUAAGUAACACUAAUUCAUGUAAUGAGAUUCUAAUGAAGGUGUGGUGUUUAGGCUGUGCGUAAAGGGGCCGUUGUUCUGUAUGCUGUAAGGAUCAGCCACAUGAAUACAGACGAUCAAAAGCUUUCAGCG